AUUUUAUCACGCACGGACGUCGGUUUUUAAUUUACAUGGACGAUCGAAACUUCCGCGCGAAAAAAAAAGGUUUACAGAAAAUAGAAGGUCUGGAGUACCCCAUAGUAACAAUGAUGUGCUUUAGCUAGUGACACUGACCAGUUUGUGGUAGGGUGCAAAUGUAUCACAUAGCAUCAUAGAUAAUGGCUGACAAGAUAGCUGGUGUUGAGGCUGCAGCGAAAAAGGUGUUGACCCGUGCUGUAGAACUUGAUGCCAGUCGAAGGUUUGAUGAAUCUGUCGUCUGUUAUCAGGAAGGAAUCCAUCUUUUGAUGGAGGUUCUCAAAGGUACCAGUGAGCAGACAAAGAAGAAUGCAGUAAGGAAGAAGGUAGAGGAGUACAUGGGCCGAGCUGAACAAAUAAAAGUUCAUGUUCAUGAGGUCAAAGAAGCUGGGAAGUCACAUGAACAGAUCCAGAUAGAGGAGUAUUCUACUGGACAUGGGUUUGAAAGCUUGUUCGGGAAGUACCUGGAUGGGUUCCUGACGGAGGUCCAGAUAGAAGACCCUUACAUCAGAACAACACAUCAGAUCUACAAUUUCCUGCGUUUCUGUGAGAUGUUGGUAAAGAGUGGGUCUCCUGUUAAUACAAUUCGCCUCUUCACUGGCAGGGAUGAGAAUGAAGACUCAAGAAAACAGCAACACAACAAGCUGGCACAGAUGACGAAGAGUCUACAGAAUCACAAAAUCCAACUGGCGGUGGAAUAUAACGAUGCUCUACAUGACAGGGAGAUCAGGUUCAAUAAUGGCUGGGUUUUGAAAAUUGGACGUGGACUGGAUAUAUACAAAGCUACGGAAUCUAAGUUUACUGUAGGAUUUUGUGACUUUGACCUUCGACCUUGCCACAAAACUACUAUUGACAUUUUCCAUACAAAUUAUUUGCACAAGACAGAAAAUGGGUAGUUACUUGUGAUGUCACCAGAAGCUGUGAUUUGUGAUGUCACCAGGAACUUGUCAUAAUUGUUUUUUGGUCGUAGCUGAUUAAAAAAAAAAAGGCUGACAUGGUAAUCAUGGUGUUAAAUUGUGAUGGACAUUGGAACAGUUGUCAGAUGUUCUUUAGUCCAUAUGAUGUCAUCACAUUUAGUGUAAUACAUGUGAUGUCAUCAUAUCUUGUGUUAGUGAUACAUAUGAUGUCAUCAUAGCUUGUGUAGUAGUAAGUACAUGUGAUGCCAUCAUAUCUCGUGCAAUACAGUGAUGUUUUCAGUUACAGGGUGAGAAAAAUAGUUUUUAAAGCACUCCUCCAAGGGAUGGGACGAGUGCCUCUUGAGAACCACUCGUCCCAGAACUAGAAUCAUUCGUCCCUCUGACUUCUAAUUUUCAAAAAAACACACAAAACCUGUGUAAAUAUGUUUUCAAAAAAUUGUUUUGAUUAUUAAUUUGAACUGUAGUUUUGUGAACAUUUCAUAAAAAAAAAACGAGUCGGUAUAUCGUUCGCUUCAUCAUGGCCUAAUAGGAACUAACAAGUCGGUUCUAAUCAUUAAAACCUUUUUUCGGACUUUGUUUGAAAUAAAGUUUAAUCAUGUAUUCCCCUGUGAUACUUUAUAUCAGGUAUUAGAAUACACUAAAACAAGAUAUAAAAGUGUUCAGAAGCGUGACUCGCUUGUGUUCAAGUUAAGUAUUGUCAUUCUGAAUGCUGUCAAAAAUUGUCAUAAUUGAUAUGAUACCGGGUUCGGAUUUAUUUCUGUUAUUUACUUGUAUUAGUCUCGCCCUUCUUGAUCAUAUAAACACAUCGUUAUCACGAGUACAUAGACGCUUCUGCAGAUCAUUCGCGGAGAGAGGGCUCACUGCUUGAUGGAACUAACUUUAAGUAUAUCUUAAUUUGUUUAGAAAAUUCUAUAGAAUUCGUGAAAUAAAUGCCAAAGACAAUAUCUAUAAACAUGAUUUUAUAUAUUUAUUUAUUUUUUUAAAAUUUACUCGUCACCAGGGAUGAGUGCACGACAACAUUCACUCGUCCCGCGCCAAAUUUAACUCGUCCAGGACGAGUUAACGAGUGCUUUUUUUGCACCCUGAGUUACAAGUACUGCUGAGUAAUUAUAGAAUGCGAUGCUCACAUGAUGUGACAUGAUGUAGCGUUAAUCCUGUAACAAGAUGUAGCGUUCGUCAACCUGUUAUAAUUAUCUGAUGACGCCUUCAUCCUGGGACAUGAUGUAGCGUUUGUCCUGUCACAUGAUGUACGUCAUCCUGUCACAUGAUGUAGCAUUCGUCAACCAGUUACCUGAUGACGCCUUCAUCCUGGGACAUGAUGUAGCGUUUGUCCUGUCACAUGAUGUACGUCAUCCUGUCACAUGAUGUAGCAUUCGUUAACCAGUUACCUGAUGACGCCUUCAUCCUGGGACAUGAUGUUGCGUUCGUCAACCUGUGACAUGAUGAAGGUUUUGCGUUAAGCUCUUGCAUAUUUGUACAUUUCUGGCAAACUAUAAAAGCUAGAGCAACCAAACUUAGGUUGUAUAGCUGAAUGCAUUGCACUCUGUACCAGCAUUUCUACAAGCUUUGUAAUUGUUGGGUAAAAACCUCAAAGUUCUAGACAUAGAGGAAAAUCAAUGAAUUUCAUUAGUCUCUUAAAAUAUAUCUACGAGAAUCCAUGUAAAAUUCCUAUGAUAUUAACAAUUGUAAUUCUUGUGUUAUCAAAACUCUAUUGGAAAGUUACUAGUUAAUCUAAAAAUAUUAAAAUGUAGUACAUUGUAUUUUAUUCGUAUUAUUUAGUUUUAUGGUGGCCUUAUUCACAAAACAGGUCUAUUUUGUAUUAAUUAAAGAGUGGAAGUGAGACUACAGAGCAAAUUUAAAGGUUACUAUCAUUGUCAGCAUCGCUGUCCAUAUCAAUGUUCAGUAGUUGUGUUUUUACCUGUUUCUCAGAAAGUACAUUGUACAAUGUUGUAUUUGUUAGGUCAUCUGACCUGAAGGGUGCUCCUUAGCCCCAAAGCAGAUUACUACCAAAUUUGAUGUGAAACAUCAUUGGGGAGGGCGAUAAUAUUUUAUAUAAAUGACUGGUGGGACCCAAUGGGCCCCGAGAGGCUGGGCCCCAAAAGGGGAACUUUGCUGAAUCGCUACCUGAUAGACAUAAGGACUGAGGGGGAGUAGCUACCUGAUAGACAUUAGGAUUGAGGGGAGUAACUACCUGAUAGACAUUAGGACUGAGGGGGAGUAGCUACCUGAUAGACAUUAGGACUGAGGGGGAGUAACUACCUGAUAGACAUUAGGACUGAGGGGAGUAGCUACCUGAUAAACAUUAGGACUGAGCGGAGAAGCUGCCUGAUAGACAUUAGGAUUGAGGGGGAGUAGCUACCUGAUAGACAUUAGGACUGAGGGGGAGUAACUACCUGAUAGACAUUAGGACUGAGGGGAAUAGCUACCUGAUAGACAUUAGGACUGAGGGGAGUAACUACCUGAUAGACAUUAGGACUGAGGGGGAGUAGCUACCUGAUAGACAUUAGGACUGAGGGGAGUAGUUACCUGAUAGACAUUAGGAUUGAGGGGGAGUAGCUACCUGAUAGACUUUAGGACUAAGGGGAGUAGCUACCUGAUAGACAUUAGGACUAAGGGGAGUAGCUACCUGAUAGACAUUAGGAUUGAGGGUGAGUAACUACCUGAUAGACAUUAGGACUGAGGGUGAGUAACUACCUGAUAGACAUUAGGAUUGAGGGUGAGUAACUACCUGAUAGACAUUAGGACUGAGGGGGAGUAGCUACCUGGUCGACAUUAGGACUGAGGGUGAGUAACUACCUGAUAGACAUUAGGACUGAGGGGAGUAGUUACCUGAUAGACAUUAGGAUUGAGGGGGAGUAGCUACCUGAUAGACUUUAGGACUAAGAGGAGUAGCUACCUGAUAGACAUUAGGACUAAGGGGAGUAGCUACCUGAUAGACAUUAGGAUUGAGGGUGAGUAACUACCUGAUAGACAUUAGGACUGAGGGUGAGUAACUACCUGAUAGACAUUAGGAUUGAGGGUGAGUAACUACCUGAUAGACAUUAGGACUGAGGGGGAGUAGCUACCUGGUCGACAUUAGGACUGAGGGUGAGUAACUACCUGAUAAACAUUAGGAUUGAGGGUGAGUAACUACCUGAUAGACAUUAGGACUGAGGGGGAGUAGCUACCUGAUAGACAUUAGGACUGAGGGGGAGUAACUACCUGAUAGACAUUAGGACUGAGGGGAGUAGCAACCUGAUAGACAUUAGGAUUGAGGGGGAGUAGCUACCUGAUAGACAUUAGGAUUGAGGGGGAGUAACUACCUGAUAGACAUUAGGACUGAGGGGAGUAACUACCUGAUAGACAUUAGGACUGAGGGGAGUAGCUACCUGAUAGACAUUAGGACUGAGGGGGAGUAGCUACCUGAUAGACAUUAGGACUGAGGGGGAGUAGCUACAUGAUAGACAUUAGGACUGAGGGGGAGUAGCUACCUGAUAGACAUUAGGACUGAGGGGGAGUAACUACCUGAUAGACAUUAAGACUGAAGGGGAGUAGCUACCUGAUAGACAUUAGGACUGAGGGGGAGUAGCUACAUGAUAGACAUUAGGACUGAGGGGGAGUAACUACCUGAUAGACAUUAGGACUGAGGGGGAGUAGCUACCUGAUAGACAUUAGGACUGAGGGGGAGUAACUACCUGAUAGACAUUAAGACUGAAGGGGAGUAGCUACCUGAUAGACAUUAGGACUGAGGGGAGUAGCUACCUGAUAGACAUUAGGACUGAGGGGGAGUAGCUACCUGAUAGACAUUAGGAUUGAGGGGAGUAGCUACCUGAUAGACAUUAGGACUGAGGGGGAGUAACUACCUGAUAGACAUUAGGACUGAGGGGGAGUAGCUACCUGAUAGACAUUAGGACUGAGGGGGAGUAGCUACCUGAUAGACAUUAGGACUGAGGGGGAGUAGCUACCUGAUAGACAUUAGGACUGAGGGGGAGUAACUACCUGAUAGACAUUAGGACUGAGGGGGAGUAACUACCUGAUAGACAUUAGGACUGAGGGGAGUAACUACCUGAUAGACAUUAGGACUGAGGGGGAGUAACUACCUGAUAGACAUUAGGACUGAGGGGGAGUAACUACCUGAUAAACAUUAGGACUGAGGGGAGUAACUACCUGAUAGACAUUAGGACUGAGGGGAGUAGAUACCUGAUAGACAUUAGGACUGAGGGGGAGUAGCUACCUGAUAGACAUUAGGACUGAGGGGGAGUAGCUACCUGAUAGACAUUAGGACUGAGGGGGAGUAGCUACCUGAUAGACAUUAGGACUGAGGGGAGUAGCUACCUGAUAGACAUUAGGACUGAGGGGAGUAGCUACCUGAUAGACAUUAGGACUGAGGGGGAGUAGCUACCUGAUAGACAUUAGGACUGAGGGGUAGUAGCUACCUGAUAGACAUUAGGACUGAGGGGGAGUAGCUACCUGAUAGAGUGUCAUUUAGAGAUUUCACAUAUUGGUUAAUAUGGAACCACAAAAUGAUAUGAUCUCUUGUCCCUGAUCCAGUUACAUUGUGUCAGUAUGAGAAAUUUUUAAUGUGAUAUUAUUAAUGUAUCCUUCUAUCCCUUUUAUGUUCAUAUGGUGGAGCAGAUUUAAAUUAGUGAUAUGUGAAUUAAUUGUCUUGAGUUUUAAAUAUGAAUUAUUGAAAAAUGAAAAUUUUAAAUAGGAAAACAUUAUAUGAACAUCUAAUAAGUUGAUAGAGAAAAUCCAUACCUUAAUGAGAUAGUGUAAAAACGUGUUUGUGUUCAGAAAAGCAACUUAGACCACUUAGAGUAAUAUAGGUAAACUUCCCAAUCAAUAUAAUUUUACAACAUACAACAUAAUUUUACAACCACUUUUCUUUGAAGUUUUAUGAACUAGUGGAGUAAUAUCAGGUACUGGUCAGGGGGUAUAUUUAAUCCUUAAAAUAAAAUCUGUUUUAAUUCCUCCAAUGAUAAGAACAAAUGAAACAAUAUAGUAUUGUGAGACAAACUUGUUCUUUACCUGCUGUACCAUAGGUCAAAGUUCAAACCUGGUGGCUAACUUUUCAUUCAUUGAUGGAGUGGCUAAGAUAUCUAUAUUGGUAUAUAUUAUCAGUGUAUCUUAAUUUCUACAUUGAGUCAAUUGAUUGUUAGUUUUAUGUAAAUUUUACAUUUUACAUACACAUGACAGACUGGUCACCUCUAAAGCCUGACACUGCUCUAGAAUAACUGUAAAUGAAUUGUACAUGGAAGGGAAGUAACUCUUCCAGUCUUCUGUAUACACUGUCUCUUGUUUUACUGUGUGGUGACUAGUUUUAGUUAUAAAACUAUUGUUGUAUAUGUAUUUUAGUUUAAUAAAUUGAUAUUUAAGUUUAUACAUGAUCAUGAUAAAUACUAAAUUAGCUCUAACAUAAUUGCUACUAUCAAAAAUGAACUUAUUCAAACUUAAUUCCUUUUUCUUUAUAACCACAUAACUUUAUACUAGUAUUCCAGUGAAAUUUGUUUAUUUAUGAUAUUAUUUAGCAAAUAAAUUUAAAAAAAAAGUUUUGUGUUUUUAAGUAUUGGAUGUUUCACAUGAAAUCUGAUGUAAAAGAUAACUUCAUGAAUUGAUUCCAACUCUGCAUUAUCUUGUGUGUUUGUAAAACUGUUAUUUCACAUUAACAUUUCCUGUCCUCUGGACAAAUUAAAUUGUUCAAUUAGACUUUAAUAUCUGUUUUAACAAAACUUUUUGAACUCAUUUCAAAAGAGUAGCUGUUAAUCUUAAGUUGCAAUUCAUUCAGAGUUGAACAUUAUAAGAGACUUACAGUGAAAACCUGUUAUAGGCUUUCUAUGUGACUGAAAUGUUUCUAAAAUACAAUAUUAGAUUUCCGAAUGCAUAUUGUACCAUU